CGGCAGUCCUUUCUGAAGCCUGACUGGGUCGAAUUCCUUCGAGCUUUGCAUAUUCGUUAGGUCAACAGAACAGCACAACGAAGCGCACCAAAAUCACAAUGGGCAGCAUUCGCACCUAAGCCUCCUUCUAGGCGAAGUUCGCGCGGGCGUCAGCUUUGCAGUAGUAUCAACGCACCCACUUCUCGCGCCAUCACAGCCCCACAGGAUCUUCCUAUUAGGUCCCACUGCCACGUGCCUCGUUUCCCGCAAUCACACGCCACACAGGGCGUUUCCACUCGAGCCACUUGCUAGGACGUCACGCAACCAGGAGUCGUGGAAUCAUCAUAUCCGCGCUGCCGAAGUCACAGAAAACAACACGUUGUCAGACAUUUAGCUAUUUUAAGGUGUCUCUCGACGCCGCUUUUAUCAACUCCCCAAUCAGACGACGCUCUCGAUCGUCUCGCAAGUCCUCGGAAACACUGUUCCGUGCGGUUCCCUCAAACCCCGCUGCACUCUCGUCCCUAGCCGCCUCCGAAUACGCAGCAAUAGAAUCCGCUAACAAUCCCACCCACUCCGCUGUCCGCUGUCACUGCCGGUUCGCCGUCGUCAUACACUGUCAACUUGACGGCGUGAGUCAGCUGCUCGCAUCCACGGCUGCCGUUAUCUCGUCGUCCAGCGCGUCACCUCCUCUUCAAUGGCGUCCACCUCUCACCUCGCAGGCUGCUACUCGCCCGUUCAGCCGCCGCCGCUCCGUUCUUUCCUCGCCGCAGCUCUGGUGCUUUCCCUUGGCUGCAUAGCCCCAGCCGUCGCUGUAGAGCACGUCACCGGCAGCACCAGAUACUAUUAUGUGUCAUCCAAGACCAAGGGCGUUCACCCUUCACCCUACACUGGCUCUUUCAGAGUGUCCGUAAAAAUGACUGAGUUCUCGCAGCUGGUCCAAUACACUCUCCGAGUGUUCGGCCUGCCUCAGAAGCCCAAAGCCACCUUCUCUCAAGUCGGCAUUUUCAAGGGUCAAGAGUCCGCCACAGGUCCUCUGGUGGCAUCCUUUCCCUGCAGGAUGCGCACUGUAAUCACUGGAUGGGUUUGCUUCGGUGAGGCCCGUAAGCCCCUGGAUAAGUCAUGGACCCCCAAGUUCAAUGCAGCUGCUCUAAUCAGUGGCGGGGUGUAUGACACACCCGGUAACUUCUAUGUUUCUGUUACGUACAGUGGAGCGACCAGUGCCUCUGGUGGAUCUAAUGGCACCAUAAGGGGACAGUUGGUGGGCUAAGGAUUGGUUGGCAGACGCCAACCACAGAAACUCCACCGUGCUUUCAUUCAUGGCCUAUCCUUCAGUGCCGGCCGGUUUCCUGCGCUUUCUAAGUCUCAGGUGAGGUGGCACCUGUUCGGCUAAAUCUGUUGUGCUUGGAAUCACAGCUAGUUUGUUCUUUCCAUGCAUCGUUCGCUCUAAUUAGUGUGAAGUAGAAAUUGAUAUGAUGAUUGAGCCCCCUUUAUGGUUUGAUUGAGUUCUUGUUGGGUUCAUAUCAUUUUCAAGACGUUGGACUUAAUUAUUUAAAGCCCUAACAAACCCUUGUGAUUCCUUGCCGCUGUCGACCAGGUAGCAACAGCAAUCGCCUGCAAAAUGAUAGCACCACAUCAGUCACUAACGGAGCCUUGGGUAAGUUGUGCCGAGCCUAUCCACAAGCUAAGGCACUGUAUAUGCCCGGCGCGAAGCCUUCUUGCCAGAUCACCCCUUGGGAGCGUCCAGCGAGUCCCUUGAUGCCACGUAAAUAGAUCUGGUUCGGGAGACACUUUGAAGGGAAAUUCCCAACCAGGGCUUACCUUAGGGUUUUUCGUCCACACGGCAGACCCGGGUAUCUCUUUCGUGGGACCCAGAAAGCGGGCAUAUGUGAAACGAUACUCAUCGAAAUCCGGGUAAGAAAGAAAUGGCACUGCAGUCC